CAAAUGAAAGCCACCUCCAGCAGUGCCUGGAAAGUUGUUUUCGACUUGCAGAAACACAUGGUCUUGGCUCCGUUUCCAUCCCCGCAGUUGGGACUGGUGGAUUCCAAAUGUCUGCUACAGAAUCCGCUAACGUGAUAUACCGAGCUCUUAAUAACUUUUGCGGAAGUUUUAACUCUGUCCACACAGUAAGGAUUAUUAUCUUUCAAGUCCAAAUGAUGCAGGCAUUUCAGCAAUUUCAGCAUAAUUCAAAGAAAGUCGUAACCCAGUGCAUCGCAUUAGAUGGUCGCUUUAAAGUCAACGUGCUUAACUGUGUAGAUAUUUGUGUCGCGGGCAAAGAGCCAAACGUCACAGAUGCUAUUGAAUUCCUGAAGAAAAGUUUCUCCAGGGCUUUGACAACAGAAAAGGUGGAAAGCGACGUGGUUAGUCAACUCUCCCAUGAGAAGAUUGAGACUCUGAGAAGAAAAGCCGAUGCCCGUGACUUGAAACUUAAAGUCGAAGAUACCGCUACUCGUAUCUUAGUUCAGGGUGAAUCUACAGAAGUGAACAAGAUGGUCGUGGAGAUCAUGAAAGAGUUGGACAAGAUUAAAAAGAAAAAACAGGACCAAGAGCAAGCGCAUCUGAUAUCAAAAAGUGUGGAAUGGGGCUACGAAAUAAAAGGCAUUAAAAUGGUUUUCAAUCAGAGAUCGAACGCCAUGAUUGAAACGGCGCAUAAUAAAGGCAAGUCAGAAAUAAAGAUAUCUCUGUCAGGAGAGCAAUUCCUGAUAGAUUUGAAGAAAAAUAUUGGACGCGGACAACAGUCAGGAGAUCAGAUAACUCUGACGAGAAAGAUAAAAGGAUUUCCCCUACCAACGCACUGGACACCAAUGCCCCGACCUGAUAUGAUUGUGCACACAGAGGUGCUGUUACCAGACUCUUCUGAAUACAAAAAUGUCAAGCACAUGAUUGAUGCGACCGCUAAAGGAUUGAGUAUUCAGAAGAUUGAACGAGUGCAAAAUCCUCAUCUGUGGCAAGCUUACAUGGCGAGGAAACAGAAAAUUGAGCCGGACUGUGGAGGAAAUAGCGAACGACAACUGUUUCAUGGGACGAAUGCUAUAAACGUCAGCCAUAUAAACGCACAGGGAUUUAACCGAAGCUUCUGUGGAGUCCACGGAACAAAAUACGGACAGGGUGUAUACUUUGCCAGGGACGCCAGUUACUCUGUUCAUUACACUGGGAAUGGUGAUGCUGGCCGCCACAUGUAUCUUGCCCGAGUCCUGGUAGGAAAGUACUGUGCAGGGAAACAAGACAUUAAGGUGCCUCCACCGAUAGACCCUUCGAGGCCAGAAGUGCUUUACGAUUCUGUCGUGGAUCAGACUAAGAAUCCCAGCAUAUUUGUAGUUUUUCAUGAUUCUCAAUGUUAUCCAGAGUACCAUGUAACCUUUGAGUAA